AUGACAAUCCAUUUUACAACAGGAGCUGCAGGGAGAACUUCACCCAAUACACAAGAUAUGGUAGCUCAAGAAGUGCCACUUGGUGCUGACGUCGUGAUCGACGCAGAGACGCGUAGUGACACCAAUCCACUAACAUACUCAAGCAUGGAACAGUACGUGCGUCUACAGAAAGGCACGCGUCCGAUCACGUCUGUGCUUAUAGCUAAUAAUGGUAUCUCAGCUGUGAAAGCCAUUCGUAGUAUUCGUAGUUGGAGCUAUGAAAUGUUUGCCGAUGAACAUGUUGUGACGUUCGUUGUUAUGGCCACACCUGAAGAUCUGAAGGCUAAUGCUGAAUACAUUCGCAUGGCUGAGCAUGUCGUGGAAGUACCUGGAGGAUCAAAUAAUCACAAUUAUGCAAACGUAUCACUUAUUAUUGAAAUUGCUGAACGCUUUAAUGUUGAUGCCGUGUGGGCUGGCUGGGGCCACGCAUCGGAGAAUCCGUUGCUACCUGACACGCUUGCCCAAACUGAGCGAAAGAUUGUCUUCAUUGGGCCUCCAGGAAAACCAAUGCGUGCAUUAGGUGACAAGAUUGGAUCAACUAUUAUUGCACAGAGCGCUAAAGUGCCGACAAUUGCCUGGAACGGCGACGGAAUGGAAAUUGACUACAAGAAACACGACGGAAUUCCGGAAGAGAUUUAUAAUGCAGCCAUGCUACGUGAUGGUCAGCACUGUCUUGACGAAUGCAAGCGAAUUGGAUUUCCUGUAAUGAUUAAAGCUAGUGAAGGUGGCGGUGGCAAAGGUAUCCGUAUGGUUCAUGAAGAGUCUCAGGUGUUUAGUGCGUGGGAAGCAGUGCGUGGUGAAAUUCCUGGCUCUCCCAUUUUCGUCAUGAAGCUCGCACCAAAAUCGCGACACUUAGAAGUGCAAUUACUGGCAGAUAGCUACGGGAAUGCUAUUGCACUAAGCGGUCGGGACUGCUCCGUGCAACGCCGUCAUCAAAAGAUUGUUGAGGAAGGACCUGUACUUGCACCUACUGAAGAAGUGUGGGAAAAGAUGAUGCGUGCGGCCACACGUCUCGCGAAAGAGGUAGAAUAUAUCAAUGCUGGUACUGUUGAAUAUCUUUUUAGUGAGCUACCAGAGGACAAUGGUAACGCAUUCUUCUUUCUCGAACUAAAUCCACGUCUACAGGUGGAACACCCUGUUACAGAGAUGAUCACACACGUGAAUUUACCAGCUGCGCAGCUGCAAGUGGCUAUGGGUAUCCCACUGCACUGUAUACCGGACGUUCGUCGUCUUUAUAAUAAGGCAGCAUUUGAGACGACGUAUAUUGACUUUGAUACAGAGAAGCAAAAGCCACCACAUGGACACGUGAUUGCUGCGCGCAUUACCGCUGAGGACCCAAACGCCGGUUUUCAACCUACUAGUGGUGCUAUUCAAGAAUUGAACUUUCGUAGUACGCCUGAUGUGUGGGGUUACUUUUCUGUAGAUUCAUCAGGCCUAGUGCACGAAUUCGCAGACUCUCAAAUUGGACAUUUGUUCUCGUGGAGUACAACUCGUGAAAAGGCUAGGAAGAAUAUGAUUCUGGCGCUAAAAGAGUUGUCGAUUCGUGGUGACAUCCACACGACGGUCGAGUACAUAGUCAACAUGAUGGAAUCUGAUGAUUUUAAGUAUAAUCGCAUCUCCACGUCGUGGCUAGACGAACGUAUCUCGCACCAUCACGAAGUGCGUCUUCAAGGCCGUCCGGAUCCUUUAAUGGUGGUCUUAGUUGGGGCUGUGUGCUGUGCUUACCAAGCGUCCAAUGCUCUAGAGGAGGAGUAUGUAAGUCAGAUCGAGCGAGGUCAGCUUCCUCACAGCCAAUUGCUGUCCCAAGUGGAAUCACUCGAGCUUAUUUACGAAGGAAUUAAAUACAACAUAAAGGCAUGUCGCAGCGGUCCAAUUCAGUUUACACUCUUUUGCAACGACUCAUACGUGCAAGUGGAGAUCAGAAUGUUGUCGGAUGGUGGAUUUCUUGUUCUGUUAAAUGGUAAAUCUCACGUUGCGUACGCUACCAAAGAAGCACAGGGUCUGCGUCUGGUUGUUGAUAGCCAUACGUGCGUCUUUACGAAAGAGUACGAUCCCACGCGUCUCGUGACCAACACAGCAGGUAAAUUAGCCCGUUAUCUGGUGGACGACGGUGCCAGCUUACGUCGCGGCAUGCCAUAUGCUGAAAUUGAAGUCAUGAAGAUGUACAUGCCACUGCUUACACCAGAGGCUGGUGUGAUCCGCCUAUUAAAGUCAGAAGGUGCUAUUCUGGCACCUGGCGACUGCAUUGCUACCAUGGAACUCGAUGAUCCGUCUUGCGUAAAAAAGUCGGACGUCUUUAUAGGGAAGCUGCCUUCGCCGGAUAAUAAUAAUGGAGAUGGCACAAAGUCGGUACACAAACUGCGCAAGUCACUCGCUGUUCUCAAGAGCAUACUACAGGGCUACUUUGUCCCAGACGACCUCGCACAAACAGCGCUAAUCGAUCUAUUUCAAGUACUAUAUGAGCCUCUACUUCCCGUUGAGGAGAUUAAGGAAGCGAUGUCUUCAUUGGCUGGCCGCAUUCCACUCGACGUAUUUGCUCGAAUCACCGACAAAAUUCAAACAUUUGAAAAAGCCGUAGUUGAGGAACCAAACGCUUCUCACGACUUCAAUAUUGCUGAGGUUGUUGAGAUCCUAGACGAGUACAAAAAGACGCUUGACACAGAUCGUAAGCGGUCAGACUUCGAAACUUCAGUCGCAACACUUCGCGGCAUUGCUGCUAAGUACAAGCAUGGACUGCUAUCGGGAGAAGAAUCUGUUCUAACAGAGCUCAUCGACGAAUACUUUAUGGUCGAGACAGUCUAUGCAAACUCGCAUAAUGUUGAGGAUGUCGUGAUGGCUCUGCGUCAACAGCACUCUUCGGAUUUAAACAAGGUCUUCGCAAUUGCUCGCGCACACAAGGCACUCGAGUCUAAAAAUAAGCUGCUGCUGCAAUUACUGGCGCAGAUGGCGCGAGGCACAGCUGUGACUCCUCGUAAGUCACUAAAAGCUGCUGCAUUUGUGCCUGUGCUUGAAAAACUUGCAACGUUUAAAGAUAAUCAAUACUCACUUGUGGCGCUCGAAGCGCGCCAGCUGUUGAUCGACAAUAAGAUGCCGUCGUAUCGCGACCGACUCAGUCAAGUGGAAAAGGUUCUUAAGGAUUAUAUUGCGAAUAAGCCGUCUACGAAUCUUGCCGAUGCCUGUGCGAGCUUACUGGACCAGUCACAGCCGCUGUUUGACCUACUCAUUUCGCUUCUCGACCAUGAAGAUCAGCAGAUUCGUGAAUUGUCUCUUGAGCUGUACAUUCAGCGUGUUUACCGUUCGUACCUGAUUGAGUCUAUGGAGACUAUUAGUUUUAACGACAUUUUUGCCAAAACUUUUCAAUUCAAGUCUCCGGUUGUUGAUGCUUUGGCGGUCGGUGUUGCACCUGCCGAAAGCUAUGACGAUCUUGCGAGCCUAUUGCGCCGUAACAGUUCGGCCAGCUCACUGGAUUUGGUUGAACAUAACUCGGAUGAAAGCAGUGAAGAGCUUGGGCCAGUCGAGAAACCGCUUGCCAAAUCAACCGAGAGCUAUCAGAAAAUUUCUCCUACUUUUGAGCGUCAUGGUGCCAUCAUGCGCCUCGCGAGUCUUGAAGUCUUUCAAAAAUCAUUUAAUGAUGUCAUGACACUGUUCCCGUUGGCGAAAAAGACUCUUUCGGUGCGCAAAGAUCCUCUAGUUAAUGUCCUUCAUAUCAUUUUGGUAGACGAGCACAUGGAAGAGAUGAAGUUCUUAGAGCAAAGUGAAACUUUUCUCAAAUCGGUCGACGAGGAUUUGCGCGCUCACAACAUUCGUCGUGUCACUUUUUCCGUGCGUCCGCAAAAUAUCGAGACAGUUUCGUUGCACAACGCUGACAUGGCAUUGUACCCGAACAUUUACACAUUCCCCGCUCGUUUGGAUUACAGUGAGGACAGAAUCUUGCGUCACAUGGAAGCUCCGCUCGCCUACAAGCUCGAACUACGUCGUCUACAGAAUUACAGCGUGAUGCCGUUGACGUCAGAGAACAAGAAUAUGCAUCUAUACUUGGCUAAAAUGAAAGAGUCAGACUCACACAUUGUGACCGACCGUUUUCAGCGUAUCUUUGUUCGUGCGGUGGUGCGCCAGCUUGAUCACGAUGGCAGUAGUUUUCGCUCACAGUACGAUGCUUACCCGGGCCCUGAGCGCUCGCUUGUCGACGCUCUUAAUGCAUUGGAGCUGAACUUGUCGAACCCUCUGGUCAAAAAGUCGUCGCUGCCGACCAAGAACAACCACGUGUUCCUGAAUAUAUUACCUCAAGCUAUCGUGGACCCACAGUACUUAGAAGGCGUAAUUCGCAUUCUUGCAUACCGUUACGCUGAGCGUUUGGAACAACUGGGUGUGUCGACGGUUGAGCUUAAGAUUAUCGCACGCUUUAACAGCGAGGCUCCAGCGAUUCCUGUUCGUCUUGUGGCUGAGAAUCCGACUGGAUAUGUUGUGCGUGUACAAGCUUAUGUGGAAGCUGCUGGUCACGAUGAGCCAAUUUUCACGUCCAUCGGCGACGAGACACAUGGCGAGCUUGAUGGCAUGCCAAUUUCGACGCCAUACGCUGUGGUCUUCCCGUUUGACAAGAAGCGUCAGAUGGCCAAGGCAUUGUCGAACACUGUAUACGUGUACGACUUUCUAGAGCUAAUCGAGUACAAUUUGCUGCGCCAAUGGCGUAAGUACGUGCAGCAGCGUACGCGCGGUGGUGGCUCAAAGGUAAAUAUCCCCAAUUUGUUGAUGGAGACCCGCGAGCUCAUCUUUGACGCGACGGGUAAAGCGCUGACGUUUACUACACGUCCGCGAGGCCAGAAUGACAUCGGUAUGGUGGCAUGGCUGCUGACGCUUUACACUCCUGAGUUCCCAGACGGACGCGAGAUUGUCAUCAUUGCCAAUGACAUCACAUUCAAGGCUGGAUCAUUCGGUACUCGUGAGGACACACUGUUUGACUUAGCUUCCAAGCUUGCUCGCUCAAAGGGCAUUCCUCGCCUUUUCUUCUCGGCAAACGCAGGUGCUCGUAUCGGCAUGGCUGAGUCGAUCAAGGCUCAGUACAAAAUUUGCUGGAAAGACGAAAGUAACCCGACCAAGGGUUUCGAAUAUCUGUAUCUCUCACCCGAAGAUUACAAGGUAGCUUCGGCUGAGGGUUCUGUUCGUGCAGAGCGUCUAGUCACUAGUUUGGGUGAGGAGCGCUAUGUGCUCAAGGAUAUUGUUGGACGUGAGAUCGAUCUCGGUGUCGAGUGUUUGCGCGGCAGUGGAACCAUUGCCGGUGAAACAUCACGCGCUUACCAGGAUGUAUUUACGCUCACGUACGCAUGUGGCCGCAGUGUCGGUAUCGGCGCGUACCUGGUCCGCCUCGGUCAGCGAACCGUACAGAACGCCACGCAUUCCCCAAUUAUAUUGACGGGGUAUCAGGCGCUGAACAAGCUCAUGGGUAAGGAAGUGUACACGUCAAAUGACCAGCUUGGUGGUGUGAAGAUUAUGCACACAAAUGGCGUCACGCACUUGACUGCAAAGAAUCAUCUUUCUGGCAUCUUCUCUAUCCUCGAGUGGCUAAGUUUUGUGCCAGCGGUCCGUCGCGGUCCUCUCCCGAUUCGCGAUGUGACGGGUGUGGACGAAAUCGAGCGUUCGGUGGACUUUUAUCCUAAAGAUAAGAGCACGCAGUACGACCCGCGGGCAUUACUUGCAGGCAAAAGCGACGAGACGACGGGAAAUUGGAUCUCGGGUCUUCUCGACAAGGAUUCGUUCCGUGAGACGCUAGAUGGUUGGGCCAAGAGCGUAAUAGUCGGACGCGGUCGCCUUGGUGGCAUUCCUUGCGGUGUGGUAGUCACGGAAGUCCGAACGUCUGAAAAGAUUAUUCCUGCUGAUCCAGCGUCACCGGCAUCGCAGGAAAAUCUGAUGCAACAGGCUGGUCAGGUGUGGUUUCCGGACUCUGCUCAUAAGACUGCGACGGCUAUUAAAGACUUUAAAGCCGAGGACUUGCCGUUGCUUAUUUUAGCCAACUGGCGUGGUUUCUCAGGUGGCCAGCGCGACAUGUUUGAUGAGGUGCUUAAGUUUGGUGCAGCCAUUGUAGAUGGUUUGGUCAACUAUGAACAACCUGUUUUUGUCUACAUCCCACCAUUUGCUGAACUACGUGGUGGCGCCUGGGCCGUGGUUGAUCCUACCAUCAACGAAGGCAUCAUGGAAAUGUAUGCUGAUCCUCAGGGCCGAGGUGGCGUGCUGGAGCCAGCUGGUUUGAUCGAGAUCAAAUACCGCAAGAUGCAGCUAUUGCAGACAAUGCAUCGUCUCGACGACAAGCUAAAGCAGCUGAAAGCUCGUCUUGCCGACCUGUCGCCGGACGAGAAGGGGGUUGAAGGUGCCAAGAUCUCAGCCGAGAUAAAGGCCCGUGAAGAUACUCUCCUGCCAAUUUACGUACAGGUGGCAACAGAAUUUGGUGAUCUUCAUGACACACCUGGCCGUAUGAAGGCGGGGCAGUGUCAAAACGUUACUGGUACAAUAAAUGCCAUGAGAGAAGUGCCGGUACUUUUGAUUGUACGUGCAAUGAGUUUAACCCAAGAGUCGGGGGCGUUAGAAGGCAGUGCAUCAUUUUAUGGUAGUGCUGCUUCAUUAUCCUUGAUUGUUGUGCUUCACCAUUGCAGCGAUCAGCAAGGAGUGUUUUCUUCGCGCGGUCAAAAAGCCUUGGCAAACUGCUUGUAUGCGGCUGGCAAGAUAAACAAGCGUCUUAAGUAUCGCCCCUAA